AUGGCGGAGGAAGCUGUGAUUUCGCCGGAAGAGCUCGACUUCAUCCGUCAACGUGCUUUGCACCGGUUCGACUCGAUCGUUCCGACCGCCGGAAGAGAAGGAACCGAGAUGGCCUCGGACAUUUUCAAAGGCCGAACUCUGGCCAUUUACACUUCUGGAGGAGACUCGCAAGGUAAAGAAAUCAAUGGAAAAUCUGGAAAUCAUUGUUACAGGAAUGAACAGUGCGGUCCGCAGUAUCACCCGCAUGGCCAUCUACUGUGGUUGCAAAGUCUACCUGAUCUUCGAGGGAUACGAAGGAAUGAUCGAGGGUGGCGAUUUCAUUAAAGAAGCUACGUGGAACACUGUCUCCGACAUCAUCCAACAGGGAGGAACUAUUAUAGGAUCCGCUAGAUCUUCAGAGUUCAGAACCCGCGAGGGACGUCUCAAGGUAACACCAAAAUGCAUCAGAAAUUGGACCAUGUGUUAACAAUCCAGGCGGCUACCAACCUCAUCAACCGUGGAAUCGGACGUCUCGUCUGCAUCGGAGGAGACGGAUCUCUGACCGGAGCCAACACUUUCCGUUUGGAGUGGACCGACCUCGUGCAGGAUCUGAUCAAAACCAAAAGAGUCGAUGCUGCAUUGGCUAAGAAAAUCCCAUACAUCCAGAUUGUCGGACUUGUCGGAUCCAUCGACAACGACUUCUGCGGAACCGAUAUGACCAUUGGAACCGACUCAGCCCUUCAGAGAAUCAUCAGCUCCAUCGACGCUGUGGUUGCCACCGCCCAGAGUCACCAGAGAGCUUUCGUCAUUGAGGUGAGCGGAGGAUUCUCUUUAUUGCAACAGCAGACAAUCUCAGGUAAUGGGUCGACACUGCGGAUAUCUCGCAUUAGUUGCAGCGUUGGCUUCUGAAGCCGAUUUCUGCUUCAUUCCCGAGUGGCCGGCUCCGGAGAACUGGCGUGAAGUGUUGUGCGAUAAACUGGCCCAGAUGAGAGGAGAGGGCCAGCGCCUGAACAUCAUUAUCGUCGCCGAAGGAGCUAUUGACCGUGACGGAAAGCCUAUAACCGCGGAAGAUGUGAAGACGGCUGUGAAGAACAAGCUGAAGUACGAUACUCGUGUCACCAUCCUCGGACACGUUCAGCGUGGAGGAGCUCCGUCCGCUUUCGAUCGUCUUCUCGGAUGCAGAAUGGGUGCUGAGGCCGUGUUCGCAUUGAUGGAAAUGACCGAGGUUAGCAAAAAACGGGAUCGCAGUUUGAGAUGGUGAAAGGUUUCAGGAAUCGGAGCCCUGCGUCAUUUCGAUUGACGGAAACGUCAUGGUCCGUGUGCCGCUGCUCAAAUGUGUCGAGAGAACUCAGAUGGUGCAGAAGGCGAUGGCCGACAAGGACUGGGCCACCGCUGUCAUGCUCCGCGGGCGCAGUUUCCAGAGAAACCUCGAAACUUACAAGUUGCUCACAAAGAUGCGCACCGUUGAGAAGGACAAUCUCUCCGAGGGGCACAAAUUCAAAGUGGCUGUCAUCAAUGUUGGAGCGCCGGCCGGAGGAAUGAACGCCGCUGUCCGUUCGUACGUCAGAAUGGCCCUCUACCAUCAGUGCACCGUCUACGGAAUCGAAGACAGUUUCGAAGGACUUUCCAACGGCCUUUUCAAAGAGUUCAAGUGGUCGGACGUCACCAAUUGGGCCAUGUACGGAGGAUCUUUCCUCGGUACCCAGAAGAGUCUUCCAACCGGUGAAACCAUGCCGAAGAUUGCCGAGCAGUUGAGAAAACACAACAUUCAAGCCCUCCUUCUUGUUGGAGGAUUCGAGGCCUACCACAGCACUAUCCUCCUUGCCGACAACCGUGAAAAGUACCCCGAGUUCUGCAUCCCGAUGUGUGUUAUUCCGUGUACCAUUUCAAACAACGUGCCAGGUACCAAAAUCUGUAACGUCAUCAUUUUUACGGCGUUUGUUCUCUUUCAGGAACUAUGGUUUCUCUUGGAUCCGAUACUGCUCUCAAUGAGAUUUGCCAAAUGAUCGACAAGAUAAAGCAGUCGGCCACUGGAACCAAGAGAAGAGUGUUCAUUGUGGAGACUAUGGGCGGAUACUGUGGAUACCUGGCAACUGUGUCUGCUCUGAGUUCUGGAGCCGACAACGCCUAUAUCUUCGAAGAACCGUUCACAGUUGCUGAUCUUUCCGAUGACGUCGAGGUAUUUCUGAAAGUGCGUGUGACCCGAUUACACUGAUAUUCUUCAAGGUGAUUCUGUCGAAGAUGGAGGUCGGAGCCAAGCGCUACUUGGUCGUCCGCAACGAAUGGGCCGACAAGCACCUCACCACUGAUUUUGUGCAGAGCUUGUUCGAUUCGGAAGGAGGAAACAGAUUCACCACCCGUGUCAAUGUUCUCGGACACGUCCAGCAAGGAGGAUCUCCGACUCCGUUUGACAGAAACAUGGGAACAAAGCUAGCCGCACGUGCUUUGGAGUUCUUGCUUAUACAGCUCAAGGUAUGAAAGAAAAUUACUGUUUUUCGAUACCGGUUGUUCCAGGAGAACUUGACCGCUGACAACAAGGUCAUCGCCAAGGCUCCUCGCACUGCUACUCUACUUGGACUGAAGGGGAGAAAAGUGGUGUUCACUCCAGUGCAGGAGCUCAAGGACGAGACUGACUUCGUGCACCGUCUUCCAAGCAACCAAUGGUAGCUAAUUAAAACAUGAUAACGGGGUAAAUUAGUCUCGACUUUUAGGUGGCUGGGACUCCGCCCACUUCUUCGCGUUCUGGCCCGUCAUCGUUCGACCGUUGAGAGCUCGGCUAUUCUGGAAACUGUCGAGGAGGAGAGUGUCGACGACUCGCACAUGUUCUAA